UAUAUAUCAAAUGAACUGGUAACAUUCCUGUUAAUGUAAGAAAGCGUUGCUGUGUAUUUAUGUUUUACUUUUUAAUCAGAAGGUAUCUCCAUUUUAUAAGCUUGAGGCUUCCUGAUCUUUCCUUUCAAAUGUCCUAUUCUUUUUGAUUAUCUGGAUGUCAUACAGUCUAAUAUAUGCGCGAAAUAAAUACAUAAAUGUAUAAAUCAAUAAAUAAAUACAUUGCUGAUUAAAACCCCUCUCCAAAAAGAGUUGCUCCAUCCAUGUAGUUAUAUCCCCGCCUCCCUCUAUUUAAACGCCCCUGUGAUUGGUCAACAAACCGUCUAAAUAAUUCUACCCACCAAUGGCCGACAAGACUCGUGAACGUCAUCACUAGAUGCCGGAAGAAAUGUCACAUGUGUCAACCAACCUCUAAAGCACUGCUGAAUUUGCAUCCAUCUAGUUGCUUUUAGGUAAAUAAUGUUUUAAGAAAAGCGUGAGGAAAUGUAUAAACGAGCAAUAAGUAAUUAAUCGGUGUUGUUUUUUGUAAUGACCGUGGCGUAUUUAUAAUGAAUACGGUCAAUUUGAAGCUCAGGGCCUUUACACUUGUGCUUAUUAAAGGCAAAGCUCUGUCUGCGGCUGUCACUCGCUGUGAGUUUACUCUCCACCGGACUUUCUUCCAGUUAUUCCGCACAAUGGCUACGAAUUAUAGUAACACCCCGGAGACGAGGCAGCUGAUGGGACCGAAGAAAGCCAAGCAUAAGGAGCCUCUGCGCCGGGUGAAGACCAAAGAGAGCCGGGGCAAACGGGGGGACGCUCACGGACCGGCCACCGUGUACCUGCAGGUGGUCGGGGCUGGGAGCAGAGACAACGCUGCCUCCCUGUAUGUGUUCUCCGAUUACAACAGAUACCUGUUCAACUGUGGAGAAGGAACACAGAGACUGAUGCAGGAACACAAACUGAAAGCUGCUCGACUGGACAACAUCUUCCUCACCAGAAUGAGCUGGGAGAAUGUGGGGGGGUUAUCAGGGAUGAUAUUGACUCUAAAGGACACAGGUGUGCCAGAGUGUGUUCUCUCUGGACCUCCACAGCUGGAGAACUAUGUGAAAGCCAUAAAGUCGUUUUCUGGACCACUGGAGGACAUCAAGCUGUCUGUGCGACCGUACACCGAAGAGAUGUUCACGGAUGAAACGAUGACAGUUUAUCAAGUGCCAAUAUUUGCGCAGUUGAAGGGUGACGACAGAUCGCUCUCCCCCAAAUCGGGUGGGAGCAGCCCGUCCCGCAGCCCUCCCUCCCCCAGGAGAGACGACUCCUACAGCAACAGCCGUGGAAACAGUCCAGGUGAAAGACGAAAAGCCACUAGAGACACGUCUUUGGUUGUUUCCUACGUCUGCAAGCUUCACCCAAAGAAAGGAAACUUCUUAGUCGCUCAAGCAAGGGAGCUGGGUUUGCCUGUUGGCACAUCAGUGAUUGGUCCUCUCAUAGCGUCUUUGAAGUGCGGAAAAAGCGUCAUGUACGAAGGCAAAGAGAUCCGGCCGGAGCAGGUCUGCACUCCUGCUGACCCGGGACCGACCUUUAUUAUCGCAGAGUGUCCGUCUGAGGACUUCAUCGAGGCGGUUUGCUCCAAUCAGCAGCUGAAAAGAUACCAGACAGGAGGGACAGAGGACUCUGUAGUGAUGGUCGUCCACAUGACUCCAGAAUGUGUUUUGAAAACAGAUCAAUACAGGAAGUGGAUGGAGAGAUUCCCCUCCACCACUGAACAUCUGAUCCUUAAUGAACACAAUUGCACGGUCCACAACGUUAGAAGUCACAAAAUCCAAGCCCAGCUGAACAUGAUCCACCCGGAGAUCUUUCCAGAGCUCAAGACUUUUAAAACAAAGGUAACACAAAACAAUAC